AUGGCUGUGGAUACCCUUGUGGCACACAUGCGGCAAGUAGGGGCCUCAGUUCAGCAGUUUUUCGUUUGCGCACAAGAGUGCCACACCCUCGAGGUGACCGGCUGGGAGAAGGUCGCCCAGAUCAAGGCUCAUGUAGCCUCGCUGGAGGGCAUCGCCCCCGGGGACCAAGUGGUGCUCCUAGCGGGGACGCCCCUGGAGGAUGAGGCCACCCUGGGCCAGUGCGUGGAGGCACUGAGCACCCUGGAAGUGGCCGGGCGCAUGCUCGGAGGUAAAGUCCAUGGCUCUCUGGUCCGCGCCGGCAAAAUGAGAGGUCAGACUCCCAAGGUGGCCAAGCAGGGGAAGAUGGGCCACGCCAAGCGGCGGAUGCAGUACAACCGGCGCUUUGUCAACGUGGUGCCCACCUUUGGCAAGACGAAGGGCCCCAACGCCAACUCCUAAGUCUUCUGUCAUCCC